AUGGAUGCUCGCAAGAGAGGACGGCCUGAAGCUGGCUUAUACAACUCCAAUGGCGGCGGAUUCAAGAAGUCUAAGCAAGAGAUGGAAUCACAUUCAACUGGUUUAGGAAGCAAAUCGAAGCCAUGCACAAAAUUUUUCAGCACAUCUGGCUGUCCUUUCGGAGAGAACUGUCAUUUCUUGCAUUAUGUUCCUGGAGGAUACAAUGCCGUAACGCAGAUGACAAAUAUGACACCACCCAUGCCUCAAGUUUCGAGAAACAUGCAAGGAUCUGUUGGUGGAGGACGAUUCUCAGGGAGAGGAGAGUCUGGGCCUGGCCAUGUCUCUAGCUUUGGUGCCUCAGCCACUGCUAAGAUCAGUGUUGAUGCCUCUUUAGCCGGCGCAAUCAUUGGAAAAGGUGGAGUCAGUUCGAAACAGAUAUGUCGUGAAACAGGGGUGAAGUUAUCAAUUCAAGAUCACGAGAGAGAUCCGAAUCUGAAGAAUAUUGAGCUUGAAGGAACAUUUGAGCAGAUAAACGAAGCGAGUAGAAUGGUUAGAGACCUGAUUGGGAGGCUUAACUCGGCAGCUAGGAAACCACUUGGUGGCGGUGGUGUGCCAGGUGGCGGUGGCGGUGGCCUUGGUUCUGAAGGGAAACCUCAUCCAGGGAGUAACUUCAAGACGAAGAUCUGUGAGAGAUACUCUAAAGGAAACUGUACAUUUGGUGAUAGAUGUCACUUUGCACAUGGCGAAGCAGAGCUACGCAGGUCAGGAAUCGCCUAG